ACUCCAGUCGCUUCACAACUCCUCCAAUGUGAAAAUGGCGCAAGUCAGGUCUCCAUGGGUACAUCUGACAUUAUGUGUGUUGUGUGCGUGCGUGUGCAUCGUGUGUGUGCAGGCGGACACCCGCAGUGACAGAGCGAACCCUGAAACCCUCCCCGAUCUCCAGGCGAUCGCAGAGCUCAAUGAGUCUAUCACCCUCAAAAAACAUAGCCCCAAACCUAUGCACACGACUGAUGGCUUGGAGGAGGAGGAGGAGGAAGAGCAGCCUCAAGGGCCAGAGAGCCCGUCAUAUCCUAGCAAGGCGAGAAAAGAGUGGCCAGGCGGCCUUAGCAGCCAGAGUGAUGUGGCGGCGGCUUCGCCUGUCAAGGAGACAGCCAGUAAGAGGAAUAUCAGUAGCCUGGGCCGCGGUGUGACGGCCCAGGAGCUAAAGUCCGCCACCUCCCUGGCGGGGAACCUGCUGCUGCUGCUUAUAUCUGUGGUCAUCGCUGGCUCCCUCUUCGUCAUGCUUCUCUGCUUCAUUCACAAGUGGAAGGAGAACAUGGGCACAGCGCGGUACCCACGAGUGGUGUAUUCCAUGUUGAGACAGAGCGAGGACGAGCCCGAGGAUGUCUUGGGUGAGAUCCUCAUAAAUAUUGGCCUUGCGGCGCCUGAAGACUCCAGGCCAUUGACACCGUCUUCCUCAGAGACCUCAGACUCACCGGACCCCUCUGAUCACGAGGUGAACAUCACUGACCUUGAUGGGUCAAAGUUCACCACAAUUCCACUAAGGUCAGAUGAAGCUGCCAAAAGACUCAUGGCCCCAGAACCUGAUGAGUCAGAUGAGGAGCUAUUGCAGUAGAUGUCCUUCCAGAAACCCAGUUCUACAUAUCUCUGCUGCAAGAUGGUGUUACUACUGUGCCACAGCUUAUAGCCAUGCAUAAUGUUCGAGAAAGUGAGAAACCGAGUGAAACAGAAUAAAUGAGUAUGAGAGAAUGCGAGCAAAGAAUUUGACAGAGACUGUGUGUAUAUAAAUCGAGAGAAACCUUCCAAUAAAGGUGCUUAUAACUUUUGAGUGUUGAAGGUCCUGCUAUCAUGAGAGCUCAAGGUGACCAGCUUUACAGACUAUAUCAAAUGUGUAUUAUGUAUACAGUACAAUCAUGUGUGUCCAUUUCUACUUACUAUGUAUUUAUGUUGUGCGACUAAUUUUCAGUGUAAUACAGCAGCUUAGGUUUAGAACCCUUUCCACUCCCUCAGUCUUGGAAUUAAAAUGCACAAAGCCCUAAAUGUUUAGAUAACUGAUGACAAUGAAACUUCCAUUUUAAUUACAAAGCUUGCUUUAAAUCUGCAUAUUCAGCAUAUGCUCUGUGGAUGGUCUGUAGCAUUUGUAUAUACUAUUAGCAAUAAUGUAAAUUUGUAGUAAUGCAGUAUUUUAUUUCAUGUUUCAAAAGCUGAACUAUCAGCUCCCUUAGGGCCAAUUGAUUUGUCAUCCAUCAUUUCUCCGUCCGGUAAUCAGGUCCUUUUAGCAAAUGACAAGUAUUAAGCAAUUUCACUCCAUUGUAAUUAUCUACAAAAAAAUUAGAUUUUGAAUUGGCCAUUGUUUUUCUACUCCUAAGGAGUCCUCUUAGUUGGGUGAGAGGAAAGGAUAGCUAGUCUAAGGUCUUCACAAUGUGACUUGCUUUAAUUUGUAAGGGACAGCACAGUAUGUAUGAAUAUGCAGCCCAUCCUCCCGUUUUUGUAGUACUUAUAGUAACGAUGAAAAUCGUAGUACAUUCACCGACGUAAAAUGCAAUUAGAAAGUAGAAAAUUGGUACUAUUGAAUUUGGACAAACCGGAAAAAGAUUUUCUAUUUACGUUGCAAAGACAAACUAAACUAACCUAACCUAGUGGGGAGCCGGUCG